AUGAGUGAUCUCAUGGAAGAAAAGGGCAAGGAAAGCUGUUCUUCCUGUGAAAUACCUGUAGAAGAAAAUGUCUCUCCUGCUAAGGACUGCUCAGUAAGAGACAAAAAAAAGAUAAAACUGAAGAACAAAAUACAUAAUUCUACCUCUCACAAGACAACUUGCAAACUCCAUGCCACUGUACUAGAGUCAUGUAUUCAGAGUCACAGUUGUUCUACCUCCUGUCAGGACACAGAGUCGCAAAAACUCGAGAAACUGUUAAAGUGCUUAGCCUUUGAAAAUCCAGGACCUCAGUUUGCAGACUUCAAUCCUGAAAUCAGACAGCAGCAGAAGAAAGCAUGCAUGUCACAAAUGAAAAAAGCCCUUUCUUAUAAGUCCAACUCUACAAAGAAGUAUGACCAACAUGGCAGGCUGCUUUGUAAUAACAUCGAUUUGUGUGACUGCCUGGAUGUGGAUUGCCUGGGUUGCUUCUAUCCUUGCCCCAAAUGCAAUUCAAAUAAGUGUGGACCACAAUGUCGCUGCAAUAGAGAAUGGGUUUAUGAUGCAAUUGAGACAGAAGCUGGGAAUGUGAUCAGCAUGAUGCCAUUUGUUGACCCGGAUUGA